AUGCAUUACCUGCGUGAUGCAAAGGGCCAGUACCUGUUUGAUCUCAUCUGUCACCACCUUAACCUGCUGGAGAAGGACUACUUUGGCAUCAGAUAUGUGGACCCAGACAAACAGAGGCACUGGUUGGGGUUUACGAAAUGUAUUGCCAAACAAAUGAAAUCCCAACCUCCAUUCACCAUGUGUUUACGUGUCAAGUUUUACCCUCCCGACCCGGCUGCCCUGAAAGAGGAAAUCACAAGAUAUCUAGUCUUCCUACAGAUCAAGAGAGAUCUGUACCAUGGCCGUCUCCUGUGUAAGACGUCAGAUGCUGCCAUGUUGGCUGCCUACAUACUACAAGCUGAGGUUGGAGACUACGAUCCUGGAAAGCAUCCAGAGGGCUACAGCUCUAAGUUCCAGUUCUUCCCUAAACACUCAGAGAAGCUGGAGAGACGCAUCUCUGACAUCCACAAGACAGAACUGAUAGGACAGACUCCAGAGGAGUCAGAGCUGAACUUCCUGCAGAAGGCCCAGGAGCUGGAGACGUAUGGUGUGGACCCUCACCCCUGCAAGGUACAAACGGGUCCAUUAUAGCUCUGGACUGGCAGAGUCAUUUCAGCUCUCUAAUGA